AUGGUAUCCUUAACCACUACAAAUGAACAUGAAGAAGUCAUAACCAUCCCUCCAAGGCGGACGACGACAUUCGCUCUGCCUGUGGAUUCCCAAAACAAAGCCACAGAGAUGAAAAUAUUCUCUGUGGCUCAACCACACAUGAGAGCUUUCCAUCUCUCAUGGCUUUCUUUUUGCACUUGUGUUAUCUCAACCUUUGCAGCUGCCCCUCUUGUCCCCAUUAUCCGGGACAACCUUAACCUGACACGAUCUGACAUCUCUAAUGCUGGAAUUGCCUCCGUAUCUGGAAGCAUCCUCUCUCGCCUUGUAAUGGGAGUACUAUGUGACCUUAUUGGUCCGAGGUACGGUUGUGCAGUGAUCAACAUGCUUGCGGCACCCGUGGUCUUCAGCGUCUCCUUUGUGGCAGACGCUGGAGGUUAUAUGGCGGUGAGGUUCAUGAUUGGGUUCUCGUUGGCCACAUUCGUGUCGUGCCAAUAUUGGACUAGUGUGAUGUUCAAUGGGAAGAUAAUUGGGGUGGUGAAUGGGUUGUCGGCCGGGUGGGGAGAUCUUGGAGGUGGGGUUACGCAAUUGCUUAUGCCGGUCCUCUUCCAUGUCAUAACUAACAUGCUUGAAGCCACACCAUUUAUGGCUUGGCGGAUUGCGUUUUUCAUUCCUGGCUGGUUUCAUUUGAUUGUUGGUGUUCUUGUGUUGGCUUACGGCCAAGACUUACCUGAUGGCAACUUUGCUCAAAUUCGAAAGGAUGGACAAGCCUCAAAGGACAAAUUCUCUAAGGUGUUCCAAAAUGCAAUCACAAAUUACAGGACAUGGGUGUUUUUCUUGAUUUAUGGAUAUUCAAUGGGAGUCCAAUUGUGCUUGAAUAAUGUUAUUUCUGAAUACUUCUAUGAUAGGUUUAGCUUAAAGCUACACACAGCCGGAGUAGUGGCAGCUAGUUUUGGAAUAGCUAACUUCAUUACCCGUCCAUUCGGUGGCUAUGCAUCCGAUCUAGCAGCUCGUAAAUUCGGAAUGAGGGGAAGGUUAUGGACAUUAUAUAUCACACAAACACUAGGAGGAGUUUUUUGCAUAUGGUUUGGCCGAGCCAACUCUCUACCGCUCGCGAUCUUUUCAAUGAUGCUCAUGGCCUCAGGGGCACAAAUGGCUUGUGGCGCGACUUAUGGCAUCAUUCCUUUCGUUUCACGACGUUCUCUUGGCAUUCUCUCCGGUCUAACCGGAGCCGGUGGCAAUGUUGGUGGUGGUUUAACACAACUUUUGUUUUUCUCUGGCACUCGGUUUUCAACUGCGUGGGGACUAACAUGGAUGGGUGUGAUGACCGUGGUUUUAACGAUUCCGGUGGCUUUCAUCCAUUUCCCACAAUGGGGAAGCAUGUUUUUACCUGCUUCAAAGAAUGAAGAAUAUAAUGAAGAGUAUUAUUAUGGGUUGGAGUAUAGUGAAGAAGAGAAAGAGAUGGGAAUGCACAUUGGAAGUAUGAAGUUUGCCGAGAAUAGCCGGGCGGAGCGUGGGAAGAGAUCGGCUGUAUCCGUCGCAGAAACCCCGCCGAAUACCACGCCGAACCACCACGUUUAAAGUAAUAGUUGAAUUUAAAAGGUUUUGUGAUGAAGAAGUAAAGAAAUUAUAAUUAAAAAAAAAAAAUAGUAUAAGGCAUCAUAACAUGUGGUCGAAUAGGCAACCGUACGUAUUUUCAA